AUGAAGCACGAAUUGCUCAAAGCUGUUUCCACAGGCGAUGCAGUCCUAUUAGAACAAGUUCUAGGCUUACAGUCUUCGGCAACAGUUGAGCAGGGAGAAGAGAGCUGCCUCAAAGGCGUCACGGCAGAGGGAAGCUCGGCGCUCCACAUUGCAGCCAGCUGUGGGUACCUGGAGCUCGUCAAGAUGGUCUGUGCUCAGGACAUGUCGCUUAUCAAGGCAAGGAAUAAUCUGUGUGAUACACCUCUGAUUUGUGCCGCGAGGGCUGGGCAUGUAGAUGUAGCCAAUUACCUCAUGGAGUGUGCUAUGGAUGAGCAAGAAGAUUUGAGGGCGAGGAAUUUGGAUGGGGCGACUGCAAUGCAUGAAGCGGUCAGGAAUGGCCAUGUGCUUAUCUUGCAGAGACUCAUGUCGAAGGAUAGUGGACUGGCUGCAGUGGAAGAUGAGAGCUGUGUGUCUCCGCUUUACUUGGCGGUUGCGUCCAAUCGGGCAGACAUGGUCAAAGUCUUGAUUGGAGAACCUUCAAACAGUGUGACACCGGUGAGCUACUCUGGGCCAAAUGGACAAACUGCAUUGCAUGCUGCGGUCUACAUCAGCAGAGAAAUAGGCGAGUCUCUGCAAUGUUGGGAUCCAACACUUGCCCGAGUGGUCGAUGAUUAUGGAAGAACUGCCCUUCACUAUGCAACAUUAGCUAAAAACCUUGAACCAGUGAAACAUUUAUUGGCAAACAGCUCUCUUGCAUACAUUCCAGAUAAUGAGGGUCUAUAUCCUGUGCACAUUGCCUCUAUAGUGGGUAACGUUAAUAUUGUCUGCAAGUUCAUGGAGAUAUGCCUGAACUAUGAUGAGUUGCUUGACAACAAACGCAGAAAUAUUCUACAUUGCGCCGUUGAACAUGGCAGGAUUCAGGUGGUGUGGCACAUCUGCAGAAAUCCAAAGUCUGCUAGGAUGAUGAAUGCAAGGGAUGGUGAAGGAAACACGCCACUACAUCUGGCUGUAAAGAAGGGGCACACACUGAUCUUCUCCUUACUUAUGAUGGAUACUAUGGUGAAUCUUGACAUUAUGAACAAUGAGGGAUUAACACCUCUAGAUGUUGCCUUCAGUACGUUACACAGUGAUUAUACUUUUUCAUCGUUCACGAACACUUCCAUCAUCACAUGCUUAACCCUCUGUGAAGCUUCCAGCAGCCCAUGCCACCAGGCUAGAAACUUGACAGAUAAGUGGUGCUUGGAAGAAAAGAAGGAAUCAAGCAAUUAUGCUAAUGUGUCCCGGAGCAUUUUAUACAUCUCUAUAUUUAUUGUAGUUGGUUCACUCACUGCUGCUUUGACUCCACCUGGUGGCUAUAUUGCAGAAGGCAAGGAUGCCGGUAAGCCAGUAUUCGGAGGAAGAACUGGUUUCUGGAUAUUCAUAAUUGCAAACAGCAUGUCAUUCUAUCUAUCUACAACAGCGAUAAUUCUGUCUGUGUUUGCCAGACUGACAAGGCAUCGCCGUUUUUACCUCAUUUUGUCUGCUGCACUGGUUUUUGGAGCAGUUCUGUCCAUGGUCGUCGCAUUUGCAACGGUAGUUGGGCUGACAUUGGACCCUGCAAACAGCUGGGACGAGUAUAUUCUCAUUUGGUUAGUGUCAAAUUUAGCAUUUCCGAUAAGUCUGCGGGUUGCAAUGCAGUUAUGGACAAGCAAACACCGGUGGCAGGACAUAUCUAAAGUAGUUGCCCAAGCUAUCCUUGUUGUUUAUGUGAUCCGCGCUUCCAUCAUCGGCAUGCAAUCCCUGGUUAAAAGCGUACUCCUUGGCAGACAUGAACCCUGCAGCUGGCCAUGGUGUGCAAUCCAAGGUGAUGCAGCUUUCUUGUACCCUACAUGA